AUGAGUAUUUCAUUCGAGGAAGCAUUAGCUAAGGUUAAUGGAAGUGAAUCAUUCAAGAAAAUUCAACAACUAUAUCCUAAUAUUGGAUUUGAAUAAGAAAUUUUGGGCAACCCAGAGUUGGGAGAGCAAAUCAGAUCUGCCUGCUCAAACUAAUAACUCACCAUUGAAGAUCCAAGAAAGGUUUCUGAUGCCCCAAAACUUGACGAAGAUUUCUCUAAAUACUUCGUGAUUAACAACCUUCCAAUCUGUGAUGCAGAUAAGUCAAAGAAACUUAUCCAACUGCUUAUUAAGCUUUAUCAAAAGAAAGAGAUUACAUUCAGUGAGGCUGAUAUAACUAUGCCUUUGAAUGAAUAAGGCAUGACUGAGGGAGUUGCCUUCUUUUUAGCCUCAUCAGAGGAGAAAGCUAAGUUAGCUGCUGCAAUAAUGAACAACUAUCAAUUCGAUAAGAAGCAUUUGCUCAGUGCAAGUCAAAUCAAUGACUUUGAAAAGAUCAUGCAAGCCAAGGAUCUAGCCUCAGGUCCAAAAAGCUCAUCACUUAUUGAUUUAAGAGACCCAAUGCUAGAUACAAAGAGAGAGCAAUUCCUGUUCUAACUAAGCAAAGAUGUUCAUAUCAAAUGGCAUUAGAUUCAUGAACAGACAAGCAGCCGCAAUGUGAUAGAAAAUGUGUUAUAAAGUGACAGACCAGUGCUAUGGAGUCCAAAGGGUACUUACUUGAUUGUCAUCAAACACGACAAAGUUGAGUUCCACGGAGGUAAAGAGAUGCAACCAAUCAUUACCAUCCCAGAGCCUAAGGUUGAAAAUGUUAGCAUGUCUCCAUGUGAGAAAUUCGUAUUGACCUAUGCCCCUACUCAAAAGAGCCCAUACGUUGUUUGGGAUUUCUAGCUAGUCGAGCAAAUCAGAGACUUUGACCAAAAGACAGGAGAAAGUUUCCAAACUUAUCAAUGGUCUCACGAUGGUCAAUAUCUUGCAAAGAAAUUCAUCCAAGAAAUUAAAAAGGAGGGUUCAGAUGAAGUAGAAAAGGAGAAGAGAGGUCUCUCGGUCUACAAAUUGCCAGGUAUGGAAUUGAUUGCUACUGAUGAAGGUGUUAAGAAGUCGAUCACAGUCGAUGGAAUCGAAGACUGGGCUUGGGCUCCCCACAAGAACAUCAUUGUCUACUCCUGCUUCCCCUCAGACGACAACCAACACCCCAGAAUCGGGUUCCUUGAAAUCCCUUCAAGAAGAACGACCAUCAAGACAUUCGCAUCAUCAAAGAGAUUCGUGCUCUACUUCCACCCACAGGGAGACUACCUUGCAGUAAUGAACGAGUAUCAGCAGAAGAAGACUACCAAGUACAGCGUGGAGUUGUUCGACACUAAAAAGAACUCAUUCCCUCAUCAGCAGAUUCUCGUCAACAGAGACGUUCUUGAGUUCACUGCUAUCAUUUGGGAGCCUAAUCACUCAAAAAUGGCAGUGCACACCCUCUCCAAGAGAAUAGUAGAAGCUGGAAAGAAAGACUACACUCUUGACGCAAAGAGAAACGGAGUUGAUAUCUAUGAGAUGAUUGAUGACCCAAUCAAGGGAUUCAUCACCAGGACCAUUGGAUUCCUGCCCAGCGAGAAAGUCACCAAGUUCAGCUUCUCAGGCUCUGGUGAUAUCUUCACUGUCUUUGAGCAAGAGCCAAAGAAUGCCUCAGUAUCAUUCUAUAUGAUUCUGAAGUAACAACCAGAAAACGUUGGCCCAGCUCAGCCAGUAACAAAGAAAGGACUUAGUUCUUAAGUUAACAAGUUACAGAGCACUGAGGAGAAGUACGAAUUCAAGAAGACUGCUAAAUAAGACAUCUAUGAGACUAAAUUCGAGGAUGUUUGGGAUCAAACUGGAAGAUAUCUUGCAAUCUAUGGAGUCAAGAGAAGUCCCUUGGACAAGACUGUGAAGUCACUAAAGUUCUACAACAUCUUCGGAGAGGCUCUUGGCAGCUACGACUAACUCCAAAACCUUCAGCAGUUCAAGUGGAGACCCAGACCUCAGGGAGUGCUGAAGCAAAAGGACAUCACUAAGCUGAAGAGUGAGUACAAGACUAAGUUCCUCAAGAAGUUCAAGGAAGAGGAGAAGAGUGAGAAGAAGGAAGUUAACAAUGUCGUUAAGGAGUCUAAGAAGAAGAUCAGAGAUGAAUUCCUUUCUAAGUUCUUUAUGCCACUCAGGAAAGAGUUCGAAGAACAGAUUGACAAGUACGAGCAACUCUGGCCCAUCAAAGAGAAAGACAUGCACAGUCAAGAGGUUGAAAUUGAGAUUAUCUAUGCUUUUGACAGUGUGCUAAGGGAAACCAAGAUUAACUGA